AAAAUAUCCUUUCGUGACAGUGUUUUGUGGCUCGAGUGACGGUGCUCCCGUGCGCGGGGAGAUCUGUGAGAUCAGGAUAAGGUAUCUGUUAUAUGCUUUGAUUUACCAUUUAAACCGCUUGUUGUGAAAACGUGUUGAGUGGUGUUGUCCAAUCUUCCAACAGAAAAAAGUGAAUAUGUGAAAGUGAAUCAUAAGUAUAUCAUGAGUGUCAUUAAAAGAUUCAUAUAAUCAACAAUCUAGUUCUUAAUUUGAUAAUACGGAAUUGCACGUGUUCCUUCGGGGAACCUAAUCUAUCAAGCUUCUUGGCUGUGCUUGCAAGGUUACGCAAGCCAUGAGUGACCCGGCGGGAGGUCCUAACCUGAAGGACCUGAUGAACAGACUCCGACAGAUCGCGUCGAGCGAUCUGUCUGGAAGUCAAGAUACACCGGGAGAUUCCGCGGCCGCAGGAUCACGGGGGGCAAACCCUCAGGAUGCAGCCUUACCGCCAUCCCCGGCGCCCUGCGAUAAGAGCGCGUUGGAUGUCUGCGCUGAGCCCAGAGGAACCGCAGGAGGCGAUGGGCUCAAGGGAGACACGCGCGAGCCGAGCCCUCCCAGCGAUCGUCAGGAAAGCGGUCCUGACGAUCCACGCGGGAGGGGCGAGGAAGACCUCAUAACGGAAUUCCGCUGCGAGAUUGAGAACAAACACAACACCCUCUUGGGGAAGAUGCAGCUCCUGAGGGAAGCCCUGGCCAAGCAACUCCAGAAAACAGAUGAGCGUGAAGAUGUACAGAAGAAAACCUUUGCCAAAUGGAUCAACAGUCAGUUGGCCAAGGGGCAGCAUCCGCCAGUCACAGAUCUCUUUUACGACCUGCGGGAUGGCACACGCCUGCUGGCACUCCUGGAGGUGCUCACAAACAAAACUUACAAACGUGAAAAGGGACGCAUGCGGGUACAUCACUUGAAUAAUGUUAGCAGAGCACUCUCUAUUCUGGAGGAACAUAAUGUGAAGCUUAUAAAUAUAUCAAAUGAACACAUUGUUGAUGGUUCUGCAAAGCUCACACUGGGACUGGUGUGGGCUAUUAUCCUUCACUGGCAGGUCCAAGGUGUCUUGAAGGAUGUCAUGUCAGACCUCCAGCAAACAAAUCUAGAAAAGACUCUGUUGGCAUGGUGUAGACAAACAACUAAGGGCUAUCAUGGAGUUGAUGUAAGAAACUUCACAACUUCAUGGACCGAUGGCCUGGCCUUCAAUGCCCUCAUUCAUAGCCAUCGCCCUCAGCUUUUUGACUGGACAGUAAUGGCUCGGAAACACCCAUAUGCUCGGCUGGAAAAUGCUUUUAGACUUGCAAAUGAACACUUUAACAUUGAAAGACUUCUAGAUCCAGAAGAUGUCAAUUCUCAAGUUCCUGACAAGAAAUCUAUUAUGAUGUAUGUAAUGUGCCUGUUCCAAGCACUUCCUCAUGGCUCUUUCACUAUGGAAAGCCUUGACGUGUCAAUACAGUCUGAUUCUUCAUUCUCUCUUGACACAAGCAGUGAAAAUGUUGCACAGGCUUCCAGUAAAGGUAGACCGCUGUCAAAUGUAAGCAUUGGCCUAGGGGAGUACCAGCGCACAUUAGAAGAAGUUUUAACCUGGCUCCUGGGUGCUGAAGACAGACUGGCAGUUAUGCCUCCCAUAGCCAAUACUACAGAAGAAGUUAAGGACCAGUUCCAUGACUUAGAGGAACUCAUGUUGGAGCUAACUUCAAAGCAGGGAGGUAUUGGAGAUGUCCUAGGAGAGGGAUCAAGACUCUUAAAAGAAGGAGUGAUGGAAGAAGAGGAAGAGGAAGAAGUCCGAGUGCAGAUGAAGCUCCUCAACACAAGAUGGGAGGAACUAAGAGUCAAGGCGAUGGAUCGACAGUCAAGGCUCCAUGAGAAGUUAAUGACUCUUCAGCAAACGCAGCUAGAGAGCCUAAAGAAGUGGCUGACUGAAACUGAGGAUCGUAUCGCCAAUAUGAGCCAGGUUGGACCAACGACAGACCUGCUAAGAGAACAAAUUGCAGCUCACCAAAGUCUUCAAGAAGACCUGGAAAAUGAACAAGCUAACAUCAACUCCCUCUCCAACAUGGUGGUGGUGGUUGAUGAGAGUAGCUCAGACAGUGGUGAGGCUUAUUCAUCAUUAGAAGAUGAAUUGAAUGCCUUGGGAGAAAGAUGGGCCCAUAUCUGCAGAUGGGCUGAAUCACGCUGGAAGACAUUGCAGACAUUAUCUGUACACUGGACACACUAUGAACAAGAAAUGAACAAAAUGGGAGAGUGGAUGAAUGAAAAAGAAUCGUUAUUACGUGAGGUAGAAAGUAACCCAUCAUCUGAUCAGGAGCAUAUCCUUCGUCAAGCUAGCAUGCUCCAGAUCGUACAAGCAGAGAUGGAAGUACAACAUCGCCGGUUUGAACAUUUACAAGAAGAAAGUGCCAAAGUUUUAAGCCAUUUACCACAGGACUCACCUGGCCAGGAAAAAAUCCCAUCUGAGUUAGAAAUGGUCCAGGAUCGCUUAGACUGCCUCGUCAGUAUCAUUGAAGCUCAGACACAGAGAAUGGCAGCUAAUGGUAUUGACAUCAAGAAAAUUGUCAUUCCUGCGGAUAAUACAAGUGACAUUGUGAGCUCAAGUACUACUACUAUCUCUCAUGAAGAUGCUACAGUGGUCACCAAGAUCAUAACCACCAAAAUUGUCACAACUGAGACAGUUGAAGGUAGUGUAAUUAAACGCCAGAAGCUUGAAGGGGGCAGCCAAGAGGACUUUUCUGUGGCUCUCCAUCAAUUGGGUGGAUGGAUGGACUCUUUAGAAGCAGAGGUUAGGCCUAAGGUUGCAGGAGAAUUGACCAUAGAGCAGCUAAUGCAGCUUGCUCAGCAGCUUGAAAAUGAGAUUGAAGGCCAAAAAGAAGAGUAUUAUAAAGUUGUAAGCCUUGGCCAAUCAGCUAUAUCAGAAACAUCAACUAUUGGUGAAUCUGCCAAAGAAAGUGAACAACAGGUUGCAGGAAUUACAAGUCGCUGGGAAGCUCUGAAUGCAAUGCUUAUUGAAAUCAGAACUCGCAUAACCUUCUUGACAGAGAAGAAGAAAGUAACAACACAACUCAGUGACCUUGAAGUACAAUAUGAGGGAUUCCUCAGAUGGUGUGAAGAUGUCCGCACAGUAAGCGAGAAUGAGCCUAAUGCUGUCUCUCUUCAGAUUGAGCAGUGUCAGAGUAAGAUUGCAGCCAUGGAGAGUCAUGAAGCAGAGAUUGGUGCUCUAAAGGUAGCAUGUGAAGGUCUGGAUGGCAAGUUUGCACAGGAGACCCAACCAGUGAUGGAACAAGUUCAGAUUUUUAUUACCAAGUGGGAAGCUCUUAAGACAAGGCUCAUUGAGUGGAAUGUAACUCUUAAAGAAAGACUUGGACAAGUUUCUCCAUCACCAAUGGUUGUUGAAACUGUUCAGACUGCCCCACCAGAAUCACUUGUUAAGGCUAUGGAAGCUUCUAGGAAAUGGCUGGAAAGUCUUGAAACUGCCCUUGCUGCUGAACAUGUUGUGUCCAGUUUACCUCAGAUGCAGGAUAUGCUAUUGAAGUUUCAGGACUUGUCACAAAAAGUUGAAAUGGAACAGGGCAACAUGAAACACAUAAAUGAUGCAUGCACUGCCCUUAUUAAAGAAGGUCAGUUAGGGAUCUCAGAUGACUUUACAAAGCUGAAUAAACAGUGGGAGACGACAACUGAAGCACUCCAGUCACGCAUCAAGGCUAUUGAAAAAGUGAUUGAGAAGGAGAAGCAAUACAACGAUGAAGUGUCUGGACUGUGCUCAUGGAUGUCAGAAGUUGAUGUUUUCCUCCAGGCAGAGGAGCCAGCCCUUGGAGAUAUAGAGACAUUAGAAGCACAGUUAGAGCAAUCUAAUGCUCUCCAGGAUGAUAUUGUAACACUGGAGAAUAAUGUUGCAAAUAUCACAACCUCUGGCAAGCAGUUGAUGGAAGAGGCUGAACCAGAGCUAAAAGGAGCAAUUACAGUCCAACUAGAUGAACUUACCAAGCGCUGGGCAUUAGUAACUGAGUUGGCAAAGGCUCAGAACAAGAGUUUGAAAGAUGCUUUAGCUAAGAGUCAGAAGGUCCAUGAAGACAUUCAAGCAUUAAACACCUGGCUGGAUGAGAUGGACCAAAAAGUCCCUGCUUUUGCUCCAAUAGAAACAUCAUCAGAACUAAGUGCAGCAAUUGAUAUGUUCAAUAAAUUACGUGAAGAAAUAAGUGAACACAGCGAAGAGUUCAGAGGUGUAAAUAACACCGGCAAUGAGAUGCUGCAGCAUGAUGCUGCUGCAACCCAUGAAGAGCUUGCCCGACAGUUCACACAGCUGAAUGGUAGAUGGACAGAUGUUGUAACUCAAGUGGAUUCUCGUCACAGGGUCUUAUCUACAGCUUCAGAACAGUACGAUGACUUUAAGAAACUGUGUGGUGAGGAAACAGAAUGGCUCAACCAGUUGCAGGAAAAGCUUGAGAAAUCAUCAAAGUCUGCAGCAGAUGCAGAGGAGAUAUCAGAGGCUUUAGAUGAUCUUGAGAUCUUCCUGCAUAGCCACAAUGAAAGUCGACUGGAGCAGAUACGCAAUCUUGCUGAAGCUCUUGUUCAGGAGAACUGCAUGUCUGUGGCUGUCCAGAAUGCCACCCACACCCUCACUUCACGUUUUGAUACACUGAAUGCCCAGGCAAGUGAGCAUCAGUCUGGGCUAGAAGGCCGUGUACAAGAGGCACAAGCUUGGGAACGAGAAUAUGUCAGUGUUCUAGAUUAUCUUGUCCAGUCAGACAUGGUCCUUACCCAAGCAAUUACUGAUUCUCAACUACGAAUUGACCCAGUGCAGGUUCAGACAGAACUUGUAAAGCAACAAGAGGUACUAAAGAAAAUGCAAGCGCAGGUAGAUGUGUAUCGUACACAAGGUAAAACAGAAGCUGCGCUUCGUCUAGAAGAUCAGGUCACGCACCUUCUGAAAAAGUAUGAGGAGGUAGAGAUGAAAUUGCGGUUGUGCCAAAAACCAAGUGACUUUGAUGAUCGACUACAGCAAAUGAAUCAGGAACUGAAAGAUAUUAGCCAGAGGGUUCAUCUUGUCACUGUGACUUCUGGGGAUCCUGAAGGGAUUCAAGAACAGCUAAAUCAGUGCAUGGCAUUAUACCAGAGACUAAGUGAAGUGAAAGCAGAAGUAGAAAGUGUCAUAGCAACUGGACGGAAGAUAGUGAAGGAAGGACAGGCUCUAGAUCCUGAAACUCUAACACUUCAGCUUGACCAGUUGAAAGGCCUUUAUAACCAGCUUGGUGGCACUGUAACAGAGCAUAGAGGUGUGCUGGAAAGAGCACUUCGUCACAGUCGCAAGAUUCAUAAGGACUCAUCCCACCUUGAGGAAUGGCUAAGCACCACUGAGUGUGAAUUAGAUCAGCGUGAGGCUACAAUUCCCACCAGAAAUGUUGAGGGAGAAGUUCACUUUGCUCAACAUGCCAUUGACGACUUAGGGCGUAAGAGGCCCUUGCUGACAGGGCUGCAUGAGUCCUAUGCUGCCCUUGCCUCAAUGUGUGAUGAUGAUGCCUUGCUACAGCCCAUUAAAGAGCAGGUUGAUGACAUUGCUCUAACAUGGGAACGAGUGAACACUAGACUUGCCAACAGGCUCAAGAACAUGCAGAGUGAGCAAGUAAACAAGGAAGCAGAAAUGGAGAAGUUUAUUGUGGGACUUGGAGAGAUUAAAGGAUGGCUACAGAGCACUGAAUAUCAGCUGACAAACCUAAGUAAAGUGGAUGCUGAUGAACAGGCUCGAAUUAUUAAGUCCAUUUCUACUGAAGUCCAGAAUUACAAAGGACAUAUUGAAAAUAUCCGGGACACUGCCGUGGACCUCAUUAACCAUGGGGCACUGUUCCAAGCACGUGUCCAGCCAGAACUAAUUGAGAUAAAUCAGAGGUGGGAAAACAUCUUUAAAAAUGUCCAGCAGUGCUCUCAAGACAUACAGGGGACAAGCCUUACUUCAGUUACCCUGACAGCUGAGACACAAGGGUCCAGACCAUCUCCCAGCCAAACCAACACUACCACUACCACCAACCUUUCCACCUUUAGCACUUCUGAUGUACACGAAACCUCUGUUACUACUAGUUUAACCUCCACAACUACACAACUCAUUCAUACCAUGGGAACAACACAAGUGAGUGAUGAAUUAAUGGUGCAUGUACAUCAACAAGAUGAUGCCUCAACACCUGUCCAAUCAAGCUGGGCUGGAGACAAUACCUCAAAAAAUGAGGAGCAAGAGAAAGGUGCUUCCCUUAGAAGUAUUGGUCUUGUAAAGAGUGUGAUGUCUACAGGUACCACACUUACCUCUCCAGUCAUAGAUGAAAGUGAAACAAUGGAGGAUGUUACUGAAUCAAAAUUAGUACAUUCUGUUGAAGGGAAGCCAGUGAGUGAAAUUUCAGAAACUCACAGGGAAACUGAUGAGAAUGAUGUGCCUAUUCCUGGACUUAAAACUGUUGAUGUGUCUGAUUCAAUGGAAAUGUUCUCAUCAGCAGAUAGUGCCAGGUGGGGAGAAUCUUCUCUUGUAGAUAGUGUUAUCAAAGUUGAACCUAAAGAGAAUCAAACAGCUGAUGAAGAUCAUACUCUGACACUUGUAACAAACACUGUCACCAAAAAAGUAGACAGGUCAUCAUCUGAGAUGGAGGGAAUUGAUACAGAAACUGUUAAAUAUGUCUUAGAUGAGCAGCCAUCUGAUGAUACAGAACAGAAAAAGAUGAGUCUUGUUGAGGUGGAGGAAGUGAAAAUGACAAUAUCCCAUCUCUCCUUUAACAUUGCUGGGACAUCUUCAGAGAAGAAAGUUGACAAAGUGGAGGCUGGCAUUCUUGCCUGUGGUAGUUCUGAAGAAUCACCAAUAGACUCAUCACUAGAAGUAUCUCCCACAGCAGAGUAUCCUCCAAACAGCCUCCUUUCGAGUGACCUUUCUUCUCGGGAUUCUCCUGGAAAAGACCGAAAGAGGAAGAUCACAGAAAAUGAUGAUGACCUAGAUAAUUUUGAUGAACUCAUUGCAGGUCUUAAAGAAGUUGCAGAAAAGGAUAUUACUCUUUCAGCAGUUGAAAAAAAUAGGAGGAGGAGUGCAGAGAAGGAGCUUGAUCAGGAUUUAAGUGGUGAUGAGAGGUUCUCUCUUCUUAAGAUCAGGAGGCGAGAUGAUGAUGAUUUAGAGUCUUUAGCCUCAGUUGACACUGACAUGGCUCCUGCCUCUGAGACAAGUAGGGAUUUUGAGGGCACUUUCUCUGAUCUUGAAUCAGUGACUGAGAGUGUGUCCUCCAAAGGAGAUAAUUUAUUUGCACCAAUGGGAGCUCAUGGCCUUACUAUUCUAGACACUUCUAGGAAUGAGGAAGUAAGUACUGUAGAAUUUAUUUCUCAGCAGACACAAUUAGUUACAAGUGAAGCUGUCACACAUGCAUAUAUUAGUAGUUCACAGCAACUAGUUUCUCCAGAAAGUAAAGAAUCUUUAUCUGAUAUCAUCAGUGCUAAAAUCAGUAGCAUAUCAAGUGGUGUAACAUCUGAUAAUAAGCAGUCUGUGACUGAAAAAGAAGUAAGUGAGAAAGAUAUUGAUGCUGAAGAAGAAAGUCAUGCUCAGAAAGAUUAUGAACAGCUUCCUGUUGAAAAACUGCAAGCUAUGAUUGCUGAGCUUGAAGAAGUUAUGAGUGAUGCAGAAUUGAGUGAUACUGAAGAUGAAGAAGAUCCACAAAGGAGAAGCGAAUUACCUGCAGAAAAAAUGGAUGUUUCUGAAAACAUUCAGAGAUCCAAAACAGAACAGCUGCCUAUUAAAGAUGUGGUUAUGAAAGAUGAUGCAGCAACUGAGGUGAUGGAAGAGAUUUUAGCACCAGAUAUUGACAAAACAAAUAAUGAGCUUUCAAGUACUGAGAAAGAUGAGCCCAUUACAGAUUUGUCAGUAAUAGUCAAAGAACGUUCUUUAGCUAAAGAUGAAGUAAAGUGUGAAGCUGACCCAAUUGAAUUUAGAGUACAGAGUUCAUUUGGUGAUGUUGAAUUUGCCCAGGCAAAAGGUUUGUUUGAAAAAGAUCCUGGUUCUCUUGAAACACCUGCAAGUGUAGUCAAAAUUACUACUCCUCUUCAUGAUGAUGUAAGUAAUGAGACUUCAUCUAUGACAUCCACAAACAAGACCACAGAGAUGAGUGAUGAUAAAGACAAGUCGGUACAAAAGGUUUCUGUGCAGAGUUCCCAAGUAGUACAUGGGAUAACCUAUGUAAGUUCCACAGAAAAUCGGCUUCCAGAGGCAGAGGAAGCAGUCCUGGUGACACUAAUUUCAAGACCAAGUUCUGCAAGAGGUGGUCUAUGACUACAGAUACUGAGUCAGCAGCGGGAAGGCACUGAUGGAGCUUGUUGAAGAGGAGGGCAGUGAGGCAGAUGUAGUGGUCCCCGAUACAGAAAAGAGCCAAGAGGGCACAUCUGGUGCUCAAGGAACAGUUGAAAGUUUGUCAGCAACCUCAAGCAGCUCUUCAGAUGAAGAUGACUCAAAAAAGAAGGAAA